CCAGUCAUUCGAAGAAAUGAUGGCGGGAGACGAGAAGAAAGAGAAAGUGGAGAAGAAAGAGAGAAAGAAGAAAAGCAAGGAGGUGUCCGAGUCCAGUACGAGUAGUAAGCGUGCACGAUGGAAAUCGGAAUGCGAGUUGGACGAUUGCGAAAUGCCAGGCGUGGCGGUGGGGCCAUGGCCGGUGCGUAUCUCGGACACUUCGUCGUACGUGCUGGGCCAGAUGAAGACACAGUCGUGGGGCGGUGGAGAACCGGACGUCGGGGAUAGUGUCUACAUGGAUGGCACCAUAUCUGGUGUUGAACUUCUCAGCAAUGCCGGUGCUUGGACGGAAACCGAGGCCGCCACCCUGUACUACAAGAAGCUGAAGCGGCUGCAGCGGCUGUACAUCGGCCAGGUCGAUCGACUGCGUCACGAGUUCCGCUUGCUCAGGCAUCGCUACCUUGGCCAGCUCCAGCACAUAGACAAUGGCGGAACCAUUAACUCCACGGCACAAAUGCCUCACUCAGUUGAGGGCGAUGCCACUGCCGUGCUGCGAGCCAAAAGAGCCAGUGCGGUGCGUCGUUACAAGCGCUUCUACGGCCACGACGCUGUCAUGCAGCAUCGUGUGCGCGAGCGACGCAAGAAAGCUCGUCAGGCCGCCCUGAGCACCGUCGCUGCCACCGCGACCACUUCUACUGGUAAUGCAGCUGCUGCCGAAGCAACGGCAAUAUCAGCGGCGUCAAGUAAUGUGUCCAAGGUGCCGCAUUGUGCGCAUGUGGGAGCCGGCUCUACGCCAUGCCAGAGCACCUGCCUACCCCUGACUAAGUACUGUCGGCAGCACAUCUGCACCGAGACGGGCCAGUUCCUGUUUGUGCCAUGCGAGCAGGGCCUGUCCAACGGGCACAAGUGCGGCCAGCCGGUGCCCGGCUACACGGCGCUGAAGCGUUGCUUUCUGCACAUCGACCUGGUGCCGCUGCGCUGCCACCGGUCCGACAUCGAGGAGCUGCACGCCCGGUGGUCGCGUCUCCACGACGGCCAGUCCGACUCCGCCGCGCCCGUCUCGGUGGCGACGACGACGGCAACGGCGGCGGCUCAAUCCACGAGCAGCGCGGUGGCGUCUUCAUCGGCACCGCUGGAGCACGCCGCCGCCGCCACCACCGCCUCGCCAUUCCUGCAUGAUGACGUGGCGAUGGACAUGGACCUGGUGCGCGCCCUGUCGUCGGCGGCGGGCGUGUCCCAGCAGAGCAGCUCCGGCAACAGCUCCGUGUCCUGCCUGUCGGCGUCCGUCACGCCGCCGCUGCAGGAAGCGGCCGCCUCGUCCAUGCUCACCGGCAGCAGCGUGGCACUGGUGUCGGCGCCGCUCAGCGCCCUGGUCUCCGCAUCACCCACGCUGCACGCAGGCGAUCUGAAGCCUGUAAUGCAGACGGCCGCGUUCAAAGCGGAACGGCCGCUCAAGAUGACGCACCAAUCUACUCCUAAGCACUCAUGAAACUGACUUAUCUGCACGAGUUUUAUCGUUGAAGUUCACCGUGUAACUAUGCGAAGCAGCGUUCAGGUGCCUCCUCUUGAUCGUAGGGCAUCCGUGCGUAGAACAAAUAGUGUGCACACGUGUGUGUGUGUGUGUGUGUGCGUGCUUGUGUGUGUGUGUGUGUGUGUGUGGGUGUGCAUGUGUGUGGGUGUGCAUGUGUGUGGGUGUGCAUGUGUGUGGGUGUGCAUGUGUGUGGGUGUGCAUGUGUGUGUGUGUACAUGUGUGUGUGCAUGUGUGUGUAUGUGUGUGGGUGGGUGGGUGUUGAAUCAUGCUAACGCUUUAGUACAGCUGUGCUGCUGUUUGCCUGGUGCUGGCCGCCCUGACGUUUUAUACAAAGAUUUCACUGCAUUGCUCUGUUACUGUUGCUGCUGGCAGUCUUCUGGUUCAUGGUGCUGCUUUCACUGGUAUGGUCUGGAUUGUUCCGUAUGCCAUGCCUACUUUAUUAUGGUCUCGCUACACUAUCCUACUGAAUUCUUGUUGACACUUGUUUUCCGCUAUAUUAUACAGAUAUUCCAUUCGUCGCCGUCUUUCACUUGCAUGCAACUGUAGCCCUGUUGUCCACAUUCUUGUAGACCAUCGGUCUUGCUUUCUUUCCUCUCCUAAUGCUUGGUACAGUGGAGCAGAUUUGUGGCGUUCAUAUUCCACCAUCUAUUGUGCUUCGGACCUGGG